AAUUCCAGGUAUGCUUCUCAAACCCCACCCCAUCUAUUCACAUUUGCAUAAUUCUCUUGUAAACCCUAAAAUCAACAUCCAAAUCAAAUCCAUUUCGAGCCUCAAAGUGGUGUGGCGCAAAGACCAAAAACUAGACUUUGCUAUAGAGAAAGAUAAGCGAUACAAAGUCUGCGCAAGAGUCGUCAAGGAGGUUCUAAACGAACCCGGUCAAGUUAUACCGCUCCGAUAUCUCGAGAAAAGGCGCGAGAGGUUACGCCUCAAUGUCAGAGUUAAAACCUUUAUCGAUCAAAACCCGGGCCUCUUCGAUACUUAUUAUGAUAAAAUCAAACCUAAAUCUGAACCUGUCCUGUUUUUGCGGGUAAGUGAUCGUUUAAGGAAUUUCCUUGAAGAAGAGAAGAGGAUUCAAUUGGAAAAUGAGGGGUUUAUUGUUUCUAAACUGUGUAAAUUGCUGAUGAUGGCCAAAGAUAAGGUACUUAGUGUGGAUAAAUUGGUUCAUGUGAAGAGAGAAUUUGGUUUCCCUAAUGAUUUUUUGGUUAAUUUGGUGCCCAAGUAUCCACAUUAUUUUAGGCUUGUAGGGUUUCCAGGAGAGGGGAAGUCCUUUCUGGAGUUGGUUGAGUGGAACCCUGAUUUGGCUAAAUCAGUUAUUGUGCAAAGGGCUGAAGAGGAGUCUCGGUUUACAGGGAUUCGAGUUAGGCCUAAUUUCAAUUAUAAGCUUCCACCAGGGUUUUUUCUCAGAAAGGAGAUGCGGGAGUGGGUUAGGGAUUGGUUAGAACUUGAUUACAUUUCACCAUAUGUGGACGCAUCACACUUGGAUCAAGCCUCACCGGAAAUGGAAAAGAGGACUGUUGGGGUUUUCCAUGAGUUGCUGUCACUCUCACUCUUUAAGAGGAUUCCAGUCCCAAUACUGGGGAAGUUUAAUGAAGAGUAUAGGUUUUCGAAUAAUUUUUCAAGCGCAUUCACUAGGCAUUCUGGAAUAUUUUACAUGUCAUUGAAAGGGGGGAUAAAGACUGCAAUGCUAAGGGAAGCUUAUAAGGAUAGUGAAUUAAUUGAUAGGGAUCCAUUACUUGAAAUCAAGGAUAGGUUUGUUGGGUUGUUGGAGAAGGGGUGGGAAGAUAGAGCAGAGCAGCUCAAGUCAAAAAGGAAAGUGAUGGUAAAGAACAUGGAAAUGUUGGAACUGGAGGAAUGGGACCUGGAUGGACAAGAGAGCAAUGAGCAAGCUGACAGAAAAGAUUUACAGGAAUAACUGGGAAUGAUGUGAUGAGGAAAUGGAAUGCGGAUGGCUAAGAGAGCAGUGAGAAGUCAAACGGUCUAGUAACAGCUGCAAAUUUGCAGGUUACUGGGACAUGGGAAAUUAAUACUUUAAUGAUAAAAGAACAUUCCAAUCUGUCUAAGAUUGGUGGUUUUGUAGGAUCUGCAUAUUCUGUAUGAUGUUUUUCAAGAUUUAUAUUUCAUGUUUGGUAAUCAGAAGCAAUAAGAUUUGGCUUUCCAGUCACCAUUUGAAUUUAUUUUCAAAGAAGAUAUUUGGAUGUAGGGUGUGGGUGGAAUGUCACUGUUUACUCAAUGAUAACAAAUUAAUAUAUGUUCAUUGUCUUCAUUUUUUUUUAUUUGGUUAUGUGCAAUUUAAUGCAAUGUAAUAUUUCUAAAUCUUUUGCUUCUAAAAGCAUUUUGUUACUAGAUUAACUCUUUACUAUUGUUGAUAUUAGAACCUGCACAGAACUAUUUCUUUGCUUGCAGGACAUACUUCUGUGAUGGUAAUAAGUUUCCGGAUGUUGAAGGAAUAUGACUUUGUCACUGUAAUUCUUGAGUCGCUUUGUAAAUAAUAAGAUGCAAUCAAUUUGAUUUAUUUUCUCUGGCCUCA